AUGUUCAAAUCAAUCCUCCUAAUCGGCGCAACGGGUGUGGGUAGCUUCGGUGACUACGUGGCCCACGAGCUCAUCAAGGACCCAACCCAUUUCACCCGCAUCGCCUUCUUCAACAACACCUCCAGGCCCGCCGAUGAAGCCAAGAUGGCCCAGAUCCAAGAUCUCAAGGCACAAGGCUUUGAAAUCGUCGAGGCAGCUGACUAUACUUCUCCGAAAUCCUACGAGGGCUUCGACUGCGUGCUGAUCUUUCUCGGAAACCAUGGACUACAUCUCCAGCCCAGCAUCAUCAACGCGGCCAUUGCAGCUGGCGUCCGCCACUUCUAUCCGAGCGAGUACGGUGCCGAUAUCACCGAGGGCCAGAAUUGGACGCAGCGCUACUACAAGCACAAAGUGCAGACGCGCGAGCACCUUGACGCCAGGGCCCAGGACACCCCGGAUCUAGGAUGGACAUACUACGUACUUGGCCGAUUGACGGAAUGGGCCGUGAUCUCCCACUUUGGCUUCGACAACAAGAACGCGACGGCGAAGAUAUACGGCACGGCGGAGGGGAGACAGAGCUUGAUCGGCGCCGAGGACAGCGCGCGAUACCUCGUCGAGACACUAAAAGAGCCGCUGUCUCCCGAUGCCAAGGGGAAUCGAAGAACAUAUCGCAUCUCAGGCAGCAACCCGACAUAUGCGGAGAUCUUUGAGGUGCUCGAACGGGUCACAGGCAGAAAGUACAACGUCGCAUACUUGGACGUCGAGAGCGCACAGCGCGAGGAGGCACAGGCCAGGGAUGCAGGUGAUGUCGAUGCGGAGCUGGCUGCGAGCCAUAAAUUGGUUCAAGGGAGGGAGGGGACGCUCCUCCCGCAGCCUUGGGACAAUGAUCGCUUCCCUUGGAUCCACCCCAAGGGUGUCGAAGAGACGCUGCGCGAGGCUUUUGCAUCUGAGCGAGCGAAGGAGGUGUAUGGUCUGUAG